AUGUUCGAGACCUGCGACGUGUUCAUCUUCACGCUGGGGCUGACCGAGACGUGGUUCCACGCCGAGCGCGGCCACACCUACCCGGUCUGCCCCGGCACCGCCAAGGGCCGCUACGACGCCACCCAGCAUCAGUUCCGCAAUCUCACGCAGGCGGAAGUCCUGACCGACCUGAAGCGCCUCGUGGCCCUCGUGCGCGAGGUGAACCCGGGCGUGCGCUUCAUCCUCACCGUGUCGCCGGUGCCGCUGGUGGCGACCUACUCCGGCCAGCAUGUGCUGCUGGCCUCCAGCUACUCCAAGUGCACGCUGCGCUCGGCCUGCGGCGAACUGGCCGCGGCGGACGACGGCGUGCUGUACUUCCCGUCGUUCGAGAUCGUCAGCCAUCUGGCGUCGUUCGGGCAGUACCUCCAGGGCGACCUGCGCGAGCGGCCGCGCCCGACCUCGCCCGGAUCCUGCAAACCGAAUGCGAAGAACUCUUCAACGACCGUCCGGCCGGCUGAGCUGCAGUGCCUUUUCGAUGCCGGCGCGGUCGAAGCCGAUGACGCGCUGGCCGCGCACGACGAGUGUCGGCGUGCCGCGGGCGCCGAGGGCUUCGUAGUCGGCCAGGCAGCGCGCGUCGCGCUCGAUGAAGCAUUCGUCGAACGGGAUGGUCUGUUCGGUCAUCCAGCGCCGCGCGGCGGUGCACCAGCCGCAGGUCUCCGACGAGAUCAUGCGGAUGUCGCCCGGUCGCGCCAGCGCCGCCAGCCGUUCACCAUCGCCGCGCUCCACAUGGGAGCGCCAGGCCCAGGACGCCAGGGCAGCCAGCAGCACGACGACGAUCAAUGA